AUGGCUGAUAUCAAUGAUCGAUCCCGUAUUUCGGUGUCUCCCUUUGGAGACCCAAUUCCGGUCAGCACGGCAGAGUUUAGAGCAGUAACUAAUGAGCCAACAAUGCCUGACGACGACAUCAUCAUGUCGGAUCCGUCACAUAUCUUCAAUACUCAGGAGGCCAGUCCCACCCCCUUCCGGGCCACCGAGAACACGCAGACAGUGAUUGACCUGACUUGCGACGACGAAAGCAAUCAAGCUAUGGAAGAAUUGACCUCUGACAUGGCCAAUGUUGCAGCCCCCUCCGCCAUCGCCCCCGGCGACGACUCGGCGAGUGUCCGGUCUUCCGGCAACUCUUCUCUCAUCAGCAACCAGUCUGCCAGCUGCAGCCCAACGCCAGAGACAACGCACCGAGGAAUAACCAUUGGGGGUGUUGUGUUCAAAGCUGGAAUUUCCCUAGAGCUUGAUGACGGCUCUUUUAUGCGUGUCCAAGACGUGAUUCCUCAACCUCAUGACCUGCGUCUUUUCGGCAGGCGUCUUUACCGCACGACUCACCCAGAAGCCAAGACAUACCUUCCAAAACUCAACGAUGAAUUGGUCUGGCUUACUCAGAACACAGACCACGUCAGCAUCAAGAGAGUCAGACAGGUUGUGCCCAUUCGCUUCACCAACUUUCGGACUGAUUUCAACAAUCUCACACCGGGAGCAGAACUGACUUGCCGUCUGAAGCUCACCAUUCGCCAGAACGGGGUUGUCAUUAUCCCUGGCCACCCACCUUUGAGUGCAGAGCAGUGUGCAAUUGAAUGGUUGAACUUCUCCGAAUCAGACCCAGGACUUGGCAAACCCGCGAACCAACUGCGUGCCGAAUGGAGGGGGGUGACUGUGCCUUUCGGUGAGGCUAGGGCGUCUUCCAUGGCUAGGGAUCUUGAACGACAGGGUGUGAUUGAUUUGACUGCUCCUGACCGUGCUUACACCUUCGGUGACGCCUAUUGUGGUGCUGGUGGUGUGUCUUGCGGGGCCAAGCAAGCUGGCGUGAAGCUUCAAUGGGCUGUUGAUAUCGACAAAUAUGCACUGGAAACAUAUCAAAUGAAUUUUGACGAUGUAGAGGUUGAGCAUUCGGACUUCUUCAGUUUCCUUACCAACGAUCCGAGAUUCCUACGAGUUGAUAUUGCACACUGCUCACCCCCCUGCCAAACUUGGUCGCCUGCUCAUACUGUGCCCUGCCCUCGUGAUGACGCCAACUCCGCCUGCGUCUUUUCGGCUGGAAGCCUACUUCGAGAAUCACGGCCCCGGGUGUUGACAAUGGAGGAAACCAUGGGAUUGCCGCAACGAUUUCCCGUUAUAUUUAACCGAGUUGUACUGGACAUGGUUGAAUUUGGAUAUUCUGUUCGCUGGUCGGUACUGGGGUGUGACGAAUAUGGUGUGCCUCAGGAGCGGAAGAGGCUGCUUGUCAUUGCUGCGGGACCCGGUGAAGUUCUGCCACAUUAUGCCCCACCCACUCACGGCCAGCCUGGUCACGGUUUACUUCCCCGAGCGACCAUUUCAUCCACCAUCGACAACAUCCCUCCUGAUGCUGACGAUCACAAUGUUGAAGCGGGACUGGCGCGGUGGGCUCUGAGCCACCGACCUUCGUUUGAUCGCGACUCUCUAGCUAGGACCAUUACUUGCGGGGGAGGCGAAUACAACUACCACCCCUCGGGGACCCGGCCCUAUACCAGUCGUGAGAUGGCCCUGUUGCAGACAUUUCCCCUGGACUUCCAGUUUACUGGAAGAUUUAUGCGCAAGCAGAUCGGAAAUGCCGUGCCCCCGCUCUUUGCCAAGGCCAUCUAUGGAGAGAUCGUCAAGUCUCUGUGUGAGACUGAUACAGAGGAGGCCAUGGGAAUCUUCCACUGA